AUGCACUCGCGACAGGUUUUCGUACGAAACGCGUGGCCGAGCGAUGCGCGGGAUGCGGGAAGCCCGACGCGCUCGGCUGUCAGUCGGACACUGGUUGGGGCAGCGGCGCGGAGCCCGACGCCGGGGCGUGGCAUUCUUCCCAGUGCGGAGCGGACCAAUCGAGGCCCUCGGAGACGGAGCAUCCGAUGGAACCUUGCACUCGCUACUCCGUCGCUCUUGAAAUAA